ACGAACAAGACAAUCGCCAUCUCCUAAAACGCGUCCCACCUCUGCUCUCUCUCUCUCUCUCUCUCUCUUCUUCUUCUUCUCUCUCUGUCUGCAGAGGAGCGCACAUUUCGUCGGCGAUCCUUCGAUUCUCCGACACCAAUCUCUGCAUCCGUCGCCCGGUUUUUUGUCUCGCCGGAGCUCGCUCGCUCGCACGCAUGAGACUCUGUCCGGAGAUCCAUGGCGCCUCGUCGUAGCUCGUUCCUCCUCGGGUUCUUGAGCCACGCAUUGCUCAGAUCUCUCCGCUUCCGCCGACAGGGCCGUGUCCUCCCGUCGAUGCCGAUCUAGCGAGCCCCGACCUCGUCCAAAUCGCGGACCUCCGACGAUUCAGUCUAUUCCUUCCUCCCUCCUACCCCUCCUCCUCCGCCUCCGCCUCCGGCGCCGCCGCCGCCGUCGUCCCUCCCCCUUCCUUCCCCGCAAUGAAGCCCAACAGCAGAUUCUUCACGAUCGGGCUCGUCACCUCGUGGUACUCGUCCAACAUCGGCGUCCUCCUGCUCAACAAGUACCUGCUGAGCAAUUACGGGUUCAAGUACCCCAUCUUCCUCACCAUGUGCCACAUGACCGCCUGCUCCUUGCUCAGCUACAUCGCCAUCGCGUGGAUGAAGAUGGUCCCGAUGCAGACCAUUCGAUCCCGGGUCCAGUUCCUCAAGAUCGCGACCCUCAGCCUCGUGUUCUGCGUGUCGGUCGUCCUCGGCAACGUGUCCCUCCGGUUCCUGCCCGUGUCCUUCAACCAGGCGAUCGGGGCCACCACGCCGUUCUUCACCGCGGUCUUCGCCUACCUCAUGACGCUGAAGAGGGAGGCUUGGCUCACGUACAUAACUCUGGUUCCUGUGGUUACCGGGGUUAUCAUCGCCAGUGGGGGUGAACCAAGUUUCCAUCUAUUUGGCUUUAUCAUGUGUGUGGCAGCUACUGCAGCACGGGCAUUGAAAUCUGUUCUGCAAGGGAUCCUCCUUUCUUCUGAAGGGGAGAAGCUGAAUUCUAUGAAUCUGUUAUUAUACAUGGCUCCCAUAGCUGUGGUGUUUCUCCUCCCCGCAACCCUUAUCAUGGAAGAAAAUGUGGUUGGCAUUACUCUAGCUUUGGCAAGAGAAGAUUUUAGGAUCAUUUGGUAUCUGCUUUUCAAUUCAUCACUCGCGUAUUUUGUCAACUUGACCAACUUUUUGGUCACAAAACAUACCAGUGCUCUGACUCUCCAGGUGCUGGGAAAUGCAAAAGGCGCUGUAGCAGUGGUGGUGUCAAUCUUGAUUUUCAGGAAUCCUGUCUCCGUCACAGGAAUGCUCGGCUACUCCUUAACCGUCAUAGGAGUUAUACUCUACAGUGAAGCCAAAAAGAGGAGCAAAUCGUAAUUAUUCAACGAAGAAUUAGCCUCAAAUUUGUUUUCCAGCACGGGCUAUUUAGUGGAGGCAAGUUGGGCUUGUGCUAGCGGCUGGUGAAGGUUUCGCCUAUCAUUCUAUUUUUUCCCCCCUGGAAGCCUGGAGAUGGUUUCCAAUGUGUUAGCAACACUUAGACAAGAAUUAGUCCAAAGUAGAAAAUUCAAUAAGUGAAUGAUUUGUCUCUUAUAUUUCCAGUUUUUGGGGUUGUGGAGAUACAUCAUUUUCUUUUAUAUUCUUUUAUAGAGGCUGUAGAAUUGUGUAUCAACACAACCAAUCUGUUAUUGACGUUUCUUACAGUGAUUAAUUAAUGAAAGGAGCUUAUGAUUUUAA